AUGGCGACCAGAGCUGAAUCUCACCUGAAACAAGAGGAGGGAGAGAGUGGGCAUGGAAAGCAGGAUUCUCCGCGUACCCACAAGUGUGACGAGUGCGGCAAGGAGUAUCGCUUCCUGUGUCAUCUGAAUAGACACCUGCGGACUCACACGGGUGAGAAACCUUACCGAUGUGAGGAAUGUAACAAAGACUUCAGUCUGCUGAGUAAUCUGAAGAAACACAUGCGGAUUCACACCGGUGAGAAACCUUACCGAUGUGAGGAAUGUAACAAAGGCUUCAGUCUGCUGACUAAUCUGAAGAGACACAAGCGGACUCACACAGGUGAGCAAACAUACAGGUGUGAGGAAUGUGGAAGGUGUUUUCUUGAGCUAGGUGAUCUAAAGAGACACGUUCGAACUCACACUGGUGAGAAACCGUACAGGUGUAAAGAGUGCAGCAAGCAGUUCAACAGAAUGGGUAAUCUGAAGAGACACUUGCAGAUUCAUACAAGCGAGAAACCGUACAGGUGUGAGGAGUGCAAUAGACAGUUCAGUACCCAAGGUAGUUUGAAGACUCAUAUGACGAUUCACACGGGAGAGAAACUCUACAGGUGUGAGGACUGCUGCCGGUCGUUUAGCACACUGUCAAAUCUAAAGAUACACAUGCGGACUCACACUGGGGAAAAACCGUACAGAUGUGAAGAGUGUGGCAAACAGUUCAGUGAGCGGGGUGCUCUGAAGGAGCACAUAAGGACUCACACAGGUGAGAAACCGUACAAGUGUGAGGAGUGCAGCCGGUCGUUCAGUAAACUGUCAAAUCUAAAGACACAUAUGCGGACUCACACGGGUGAGAAACCCUACAAAUGUAAAGAGUGCAGCAAGCAGUUCAGUCAGAUGGUGCAUCUAAAGGGGCACAUUAGAACUCACACAGGUGAGAAACCGUACAGAUGUGAGAAGUGUGGCAGACAGUUCAGUGAGCUUGGUAGUCUGAAGAAGCACAUUCGGACUCACACUGGUGAGAAACCAUACAAGUGUGAAGAAUGCAGCAGGCAGUUCAGUCAGCUGGUGCAUCUAAAGGAGCACAUUAGAACUCACACCGGUGAGAAACCCUACAAAUGUGAAGAGUGUAACAGUCAAUUCACCAGACUGAGCAGUUUAAAGAAGCACGUGCGGACUCACCGAGUGGAGAAACCGAACAUGGCCUAAGUGCAACGGAGGCUUUCGUCAGAUUGGCAACAUGAAAAUCCAUAUCGGCAAAAGUCUGUCAACCUCUGAUAGUGGGAUCAUCUUAUUGUGUUAUUUUUUUGGGAAGGUAUUUACUUUUUUUUCUAUUAGCAGUGUACUGUCUACACAUUGUCAAGUAAACAAUAGCGGUGUUUUAAUAUCAAAAUAGAUGCAUACUCGAUAGCCUGUUGAUUAAUGCUAGAAGUCGUGUUUGAAAUGCGAAAGUGUAGUAUUUAAACAAUAGUUACAUGGUAGGACACCGUUCAUUCGUUUGACCGUAAUGUGUCAUUGUCCGUCUGUUAACAACAUGUACAAGUACAGGCAUGUAAAUAUAACGGAUCCGUAGCGUUUUGUGAAGUAUGUUAUCAAUUCAUCGCAAUGUAGUCUUCUUUGUUUUAGUAUUUGUAAA